AUAGACACUGUCAUGUGACCUUCUCUGUUCCUUUUUCAUCCUUCUUCCUCUCUCCUCUUUUUCAUACUGAUUCAUUUUACUUACUUACCUUUUGGGUUUUGGCCUUUUCAUCUCUCUCUUUUUCUCUUUCUCUCUCUUGGCUGUGUUUCCGCCGCUGCAACAAGAAAGAGUAGCAGCGACUCAGUCACUUGCUGCAUUUACGCUUAUCAUAUCAAACCCACACCAUAGAACCAUCACUCUUUCUGCUUCUGCUCCCCUAUGCCAAUCUAGCGUUGUUGUAAUUUUUUUACAACCUUUUUUCUAUGUUGACACCCCACUUAUUAUUCCAUUGCGAUAUUAGUUAAUCAUUUCCCAAUCAUAGCCAUGGGUUGCCUACACUCCAAAACCGCUCAUCUUCACUCUCCUGAAGACCCUCCCACUGCCUUGCCAGACUCAAAAAAACCCGAUCCAGGGAAUGGUGGGGAUGAUGUUGAUCAAGAGGUUCAGGUUCCAGCAUUCAAAGAGUACGGUCUGAGUGAACUUCGAAGGGCCACAAAUGAGUUCAACACAGAUUACAUUGUUUCUGAGAGUGGGGAGAAAGCCCCCAAUGUGGUCUACAGAGGGAAGCUAGAGAACAAUCGUUUAGUUGCUGUGAAGCGGUUCUCAAAACUGUCUUGGCCUGAUGCUCAACAGUUUAUGGCAGAGGCAGCUGGAGUUGGGAAAGUGAGGCACAAGAGACUGGUGAAUCUAAUUGGCUGUUGUGCUGAAGGAGAUGAAAGGCUCUUGGUAGCUGAGUACAUGCCAAAUGACACUUUGUCCAAACAUCUCUUUCAUUGGGACAAGCAACCAUUACCAUGGGAAAUGCGUGUAAGAGUUGCGUACCAUGUUGCGCAGGCACUAGAUCAUUGCAGUAUGGAAAACCGGAAAAUAUAUCAUGAUCUGAAUGCAUAUAGGAUUCUUUUUGAUGAGGAUGGUGAUCCCCGCUUGUCUAGUUUUGGGCUUAUGAAAAAUAGUCGAGACGGGAAAAGCUACAGUACCAAUUUAGCUUACACUCCACCUGAAUUUUUGAGAACAGGCAGGAUAAUCCCGGAGAGUGUGAUCUACAGUUAUGGAACUGUUCUUCUGGAUCUUUUAAGUGGCAAGCAUAUUCCCCCUAGCCAUGCUUUGGACCUGAUUAGAGGGAAGAAUGUUUUGUUGUUGAUGGACUCUUCCCUCGAAGGGCAAUAUGCGAAUGAUGAUGCUACAAAGUUGGUUGAGCUUGCUUCAAAAUGUCUUCAGUUUGAGGCCAGAGAACGACCUGAAAUUAAGUUUCUUCUUACUUCCGUUACACCUCUUCAGAAGCAAAAAGAGGUAGCAUCUCAUGUGUUGAUGGGCCUAACUAAAAACACAGCAGUGCUACCAACGAUGCUUUCUCCCCUUGGAAAGGCUUGUGCAAGAAUGGAUCUCACUGCUGUGCAUGAUAUAUUGUUAAAAACAGGUUAUAAAGAUGAAGAAGGAGCAGAAAAUGAGCUUUCAUUCCAAGAAUGGACACAGCAAGUGCAAGAUAUAUUGAACACUAAAAAGUUUGGGGAUAUUGCAUUCAGGGACAAGGAUUUCAAAAAUGCUAUUGAGUACUAUUCAAAGUUGGUGGUUAUGAUGUCUGUUCCCUCUGCUACUGUGUUUGCAAGAAGAGCCUUCUCCUACUUGAUGAAUGAUCAAGCAGAACUUGCAUUAAGGGAUGCCAUGCAGGCACAGGUAUGCAUACCUGAUUGGCCAACUGCAUUCUAUCUGCAGGCUCUGGCUCUCUCGAAGCUGGGAAUGGAAACUGAUGCACAUGACAUGCUCAAUGAUGGGGCUGCUUUUGAAGCAAAGAGGUCUAACAGCUGGCGUGGUUAAUUUUCUUAUUUGCAGUUCUUUGCUCUCUAAACUAGCAGAGUGGCAUAAAAGAAUAUGCUAUUUUGCCAUAAUUUGUACUUGCUAGAGUAGGAAUAUGUAGGGUGCUAGUUUAAGGGGCAAGCAAAAGAACUCUGCUUUAAGAUGUUCUCAAGGAAUAUUACAGUAUAGAUUUUCCCAUACAUGUGAACUCUGUAGCAUUAAUUUUCUCCAUAUGAAAAUAACAAUGUGUUUGGAUGGGGAGUUUUGAGGGAGGAA